CACAGCUGCCGUAAUUAGGACACAUUCAAGGGGACCCGUCUUUCUGAGUGACAAACCAAAGUAUACAGACUUCUAAGGUGUUCUGGUCUCUGCUGUUAUAUCCUCGUCUCAUGUGAAGACAGAGUGAAGACGGAAACAUGUACAAGCUCACAAGGGCGACGCUGGCCUUGAAUGGACUGGGUCGGUGUUUAGCUGUAGAUAAGCAUGUGUCUGCUCUGAACAUCCCCUGCCGAAGAUUAGUGUGUGCAGAACACAAGGACGACUCCAGCAAGAAUGAGGUUUAUGAUGUAAUUAUAUCCGGGGGAGGGAUGGUUGGAUCUGCAAUGGCAUGUUCCCUAGGCAUGGAACCCAACUUGGAGGGUAAGAAGAUUCUUCUGCUUGAAGCGGGCAAGAAGAAAGUGAUGGACAAAGUCCCAGACACCUACAGCACCAGAGUCAGCUCCAUCAGUCCAGGCUCGGCCACCCUUCUCAGUGGUAUUGGAGUAUGGGAGCACAUCACAAAGAUGAGGUGCAAGCCCUAUAAAAGGAUGCAGGUUUGGGAUGCCUGCUCAGAUGCCCUGAUCACAUUCGAUAAGGAGGACCUGCAGGACGAGAUGGCAUACAUCGUGGAGAACGACAUCGUUGUGGCUGCACUCACUAAACAGCUGGACAGCCUGUCCGAUAACGUGCAAGUGAAGUACAGGUCCAAGGUGGUGAAGUAUGCGUGGCCCAUGCCCCACCAGGCAGCAGACUCCAUCCCAUGGGUCAAGGUCACGUUGGCCAGCGGAGAGACUGUUCAGACCAAGCUGUUGAUUGGAGCAGACGGACCAAACUCAAUGGUUCGGCGGAGAUUGGGGAUACCAACAGUCAAGUGGAAUUAUGACCAAUCUGCUGUGGUUGCUGUGCUGCACCUAUCAGAGCCCACAGAGAACAAUGUCGCAUGGCAGAGGUUUCUCCCAACGGGGCCCAUUGCAAUGUUACCGCUGUCGGACACGGAGAGCUCUCUGGUGUGGUCAACCAGCCAUCGACUGGCAGAGGAGCUGCUGGAGCUGGAUGAGGAGAGCUUUGUCGACGCUAUCAACUCUGCCUUCUGGAGUAAUGAGAACCAGUCUGAGCUGAUUGAGACGGCUGGCUCUCUGUUCCGCAGCGCCCUGUCGGCCAUCAUGCCAUCUGCAGGUUCACCUCGACAGCUUCCCCCAAGUGUGGCAGGGAUCGGCCCAAAGUCCAGGGUCACGUUCCCUCUGGGCAUCGGUCAUGCAUCAGAGUACAUUAGGCACCGGGUAGCUCUCAUUGGGGAUGCAGCCCAUCGUGUCCAUCCUCUGGCGGGUCAGGGAGCCAACCUGGGCUUUGGGGAUGUGGCUUGCCUUACACAGAUCCUGAGCCAGGCGGCCUUUGACGGGAAGGACCUGGGAGCAAUGCAGCACCUGUUGGAAUAUGAAACUGAACGCCAGCGACACAAUCUGCCCAUGAUGGCUGUCAUCGACCUCAUGAAACGCCUGUACUCCACUAACGCCGCUCCCGUUGUUCUCCUACGCACCUUCGGUUUGCAGGCCACCAACAUGGUCCCAGCGCUAAAAGAGCAGAUCAUGGCAUUUGCAAGCAAGUGAUGCAUUCUUCAUGGAGGUCGCUGAUGGAUCUUCGUAAACUGUGUGAGCUUUAAAGGCUGUAAAAAUGUAGAAUGUAAAACAAAUUAAAUAACAGAUCUAUUUUACUCCUUUGUUUUUUUGGUCUUGUGUGUGCUUUGGUACAAAAUGAAUACAGAUCGACAACUAAAAAUUGUAGCUGUCCCGAGCAUAUCAUAUAUGACAUGUAAAAAGCACAAGGGUUGUUGAUUUAUGUUAAAAUCCUCCACUAUUUUGCAAAUACAGUUCAUAGACCAAGCAGUGAAUUAUCCACCUCUAGUGUAGUGUAAUGUCUAGUGCAUUUAAUAACAAGAAGUCUGUGUUGAUAUAAAAAGUACAAAUGGACAGAGUACAUUUCUCAUAUUUAAUUAAAACAUACAUGUAUAGUAUACACUUGUUUCACUGGAUUUAAUAAAAACAAAUAACAUAUUGUCGGUCAUCAGGUUAUUCAUACUGAUAAACUAUUUAUUUUUGAGCAAUUGUGCAGCAUAAAGUUUUUGCAACAUAGAAGCAGUUCCCGUCAAAAAAAGAUCAUUAAA